AUGGAGGAUGCUGGUGGCCCUGGCCUGAGCCAGCUCAGUGGCGAGGUGGAGCCAGGAGCCAGAGAGCAGCCCAUAUUCACCACACGCGCCCACGUCUUCCAGAUUGACCCCAACACCAAGAAGAACUGGGUGCCCGCGAGCAAGCAGGCCGUCACCGUUUCCUACUUCUACGAUGUCACGAGGAACAGCUACCGGAUCAUCAGUGUGGACGGAGCCAAGGUACCAGCCCACCGAGAGCAGCCCAUAUUCACCACACGCGCCCACGUCUUCCAGAUUGACCCCAACACCAAGAAGAACUGGGUGCCCGCGAGCAAGCAGGCCGUCACCGUUUCCUACUUCUACGAUGUCACGAGGAACAGCUACCGGAUCAUCAGUGUGGACGGAGCCAAGGUGAUUAUAAACAGCACAAUCACGCCCAACAUGACUUUCACCAAGACAUCCCAGAAGUUCGGGCAGUGGGCCGACAGCAGAGCCAACACUGUGUUUGGUUUGGGAUUUUCGUCGGAGCUGCAGCUGACAAAGUUUGCAGAGAAAUUCCAGGAGGUGAAAGAAGCUGCCAGACUAGCCAGGGACAAGUCGCAGGAGAAAAUCGAGACCUCGAGUAAUCAUUCCCAAGCGUCCAGUGUCAAUGGGACCGACGACGAGAAGGCGUCUCACGCGAGCCCCGCCGACACCCACCUGAGGUCCGAGAACAGCAAGCUAAAGGUCGCGUUGACGCAGAGUGCCGCCAACGUGAAGAAAUGGGAGAUCGAGCUGCAGACCCUGCGGGAAAGCAACGCCCGGCUGAACACGGCGCUGCAGGAGUCUGCGACCAGCGUGGAGCAGUGGAAGAGGCAGUUCUCCAUCUGCCGAGAUGAGAACGACCGGCUGCGGCACAAGAUUGACGAGCUGGAAGAACAGUGCAGUGAGAUAAACCGAGAGAAAGAGAAAAACACCCAGCUGAAGAGGAAGAUCGAGGAGCUGGAGUUGGAGCUCCGAGAAAAGGAGACGGAGUUGAAAGACCUCCGGAAACAAAGUGAAAUCAUACCUCAGCUCAUGUCAGAGUGCGAAUACGUCUCUGAGAAGUUGGAGGCUGCGGAGAAAGACAAUCACAACCUGGAGGAAAGAGUGCGCUUGCUGAAGAGGGACAUCGAGGAGAGUCAGUACCGUCAGCGCCACCUAAAGGUGGAGCUGCAGAGCUUCCUGGAGGUGCUGGACGGGAAGAUCGACGACCUGCACGACUUCCGCAGAGGCCUGUCCAAGCUGGGCGCCGACAACUAGGGUGCGUGAGCCCGCCCGCGGGCCUCGC